GCGACUGUCGCGCCUGUGCACGUCUCAUUUAACGGGUGCUCUUGGCGUGGGAGGCGAGAUAGGCGGGAGCAGAGCGCACUCUAUGGCACAUCCCGGUCGGAACGCACGGGUCGCGCGUUACAACGCGAGGAAAAAAGGCACCGAAGUCUGCGCGAUACUGUAAACAUUACGCGCCAAAAUUUUGGAUUUAAUCUGUGCUGUGCUCUAGUGUUUGAAUAAUUUAAAUAUCGAAGGGUGUAAAUAACCAGUUCGCAAUGCAUGUGUUUGAAUUUUAUGUUAAUUUUAAAGUGAGAAUUUUACGUGUAACAAAUGAAUGUUAACCAGGUGAUUUUGAAUAUUGAGUGAAAAUGGGAGUUAUCAAGAAAAGGAACCGCUCUCAUGAGACAGAAAAACCUAAAGGAAAACCCAGGAAGUUACGAGACAGUGCAGCAAAACUUGCUAGAUAUACGAGAGAAGAAGCUAGACACACAGGUCCUUUAUAUAAAGGGAGCUGUGGACCUCAGUCAUGCUUAUUCGGUAUCGAAGAGGUGGCUUGUAUGCCCUUCAAUAACACAGACUACUAUUGCUUGUGCACCUCCAAUGGACUACCUCCUACGCGGGACUACAAAUGUCCUAGAAGUACAGUGCCCGUGACGCCAAUGCCGAUACACAACAUCAUACCACCGACGACGUCCAACACUUCCGCCGAGAGCCGAGCGCCGUCCGAUGAGAUGUCCAAGUCGUUGAUAAUCCGAGCUGCACCCGGAAAGAGCACGAGCAGCGAUAGCGCCAGCGCCGGCUCCGGCGUCAACGGUGCUGGUGUCCUGCUGGCCACUGUCACUAUCGGCGGCGUAGCGCUAGUAACACUUAUCAUCGUAGUCGUACUAUUCUACCUCAGAAGACGGCUACGGAGCGUAGACGGCAAAACACAACCGCGUCGGCCAGGGGAGCCCCUACUAGCGGAGCGGUACAUAAGCAAUCCUCAGUACGGAGUAUACAGCGCGGGGCAGUCAGUGGCUGUAGUAGCGGAUGAUGAGACCGGGGAACAGGUGCCGCUGUUGGACCGCAAUGCGCUCACCUUCCUCGAGGAGGUGGGAGAAGGAUGCUUCGGCAAAGUUCAUAAAGGUCUUCUCAGAGCUAAUAGCGGGGAAUCGGUAGUAGCUAUUAAGGUUUUAAAAGAGAGCGCAGGCAGAAGCGCAGAAGAAGAUUUUGUACGAGAGGUGUCAAUAAUGUCAGCCUUUCGCCACCCCAAUAUCCUCACGCUAGUCGGUGUAGUCUACAGAAAUGAUAUAGGAGCUAGUCCCUGGAUGGUGUUCGAGUAUAUGGAAUGGGGGGACUUGGCAGGAGUCCUACGGGGUUCCAAAGGAGGAGGUCGCCCUGGGCCACACUUGGACGACCCUGCGCUUCUUCACGUCGCGCUGCAAGUAGCUCGCGGGAUGCAAUACCUUGCUUCCCGCCGCUUCGUCCACAGAGACUUGGCUGCCCGCAACUGCCUAGUCGGCGCCAACCUGGCCGUCAAGAUAGCUGACUUCGGAAUGUCUCGCGACGUCUACACAUGCGACUACUACAAAAUGGGUGGGGAACGCCCCAUGCCCGUCCGUUGGAUGUCCCCAGAGAGCAUAGUCUACGCUCGCUUCACCCACGAAUCCGACGUAUGGUCAUACGGUGUCGUGCUAUGGGAGAUAUAUAGUCGCGGCAAGCAGCCUUUCUACGGGCACAAUAAUGAUGGUGCGACGAAGCUAAUACUCCAAGGUAUAGUGUUAGUGCCGCCGGAAGACUGUCCGCGUUUUGCUUGCGAGUUGAUGCGCGCUUGUUGGAGGACAGAUCCGCGGGACAGGAUAGGGUUCGACGAGAUUUGCAGGAAGUUGGAGGUAGCGGAGGGUGCGGGCGUGCCGGUGAGAUUACCGCGUCCACCGCCGCCUUCGCAAGAUUCUGCUGGAUAUUUGAUACCGGCGCAACGACCCACCGUAGACUACCUAGCUCCUUUACCCGAUCCGGAACAAGAGUCCGAGUCUGAUAGCAGCGAUGACGAAGACGAUGACGAAUUCACCUGACGGGUGGUGAAGGCGUCUGAGUACGUGCCCCAUGCUGCGCCUACCGACGUCUUCAAGUUGCAAGCGCGAGGUACCGGUGGGCAGUUCGAUUGUUAACCUACGCAAUAUCGAUCGUUCGAGAAGGUGAUGAAUACUCAAUAAUUGUAUUGUACUUUUGUGUGAUAUGAUAUGUUUCUUCUUAAAGUAAACCUUAGCUGACACGCUGGAUUUUAAACAGUCAUAUAGUUUUUAUAAGACAAAAUAUGUUUACGCUAAAAUGAAAUGAUUAAUAUAAGAGAAACUUAAAAGUUGUGGAACGCCGUUAGUGGCCGCACCGCACAGUAGUUAAUUGUAAAUGUUUUUUGUUUAUAAUAUUUGUGCCAUAUACCAAAAACUAAAGAUGUACCUAAUAGGAUUAUAGUGAAAUGUAAAUGCAUAUAUUGUUAUUCUCGUACAUAUACAUAUGUUAAAUAGCAGUUUAACUAAGUAUUUAAUUGUAUGUAUGUUAAUUAUUAUUUAAAAUUUAGUGGCUUAUUGUUGUACCACCAAAAUUAAUCACAGGAUAUAGUUAUUUAUUACUGUUUGCUAUAAUAUGUAUACCAUCAAGAACUGUUACUAUACUCUAAACAAGCGCUUUAAAUAAGUAGGCAUGAUAAUUGAUAAAAAUUUAAUUAACAGGUAGAUAGGUAACUAAUAAGAGACAUGCAGGUUUUUCCAUAAUAAACUGUUAGAUUUAUUAGAAUAUAUGAAUAGUUCAUUUAUUAUAUUUUUGAAACUAAAAUGUGAAUAUGUAUUUAAUAUUUAUAUUAUUGCAUUUAAUAAGUAGACCUAAAAGUUAAAUUGUACCUAUAUUAACUAAUAAGAAAUCAGUGCAAUUACUUACAUCAUUAUGAAUUACCGACAUUAUGAAGGUACCCGAACUUGUAUAAGUACUUAGGUACCUAUAUUUUUAAAACAUCAGCUAAAGACUGGCCUUAAAGAUAGGUAAAAUGCAAGUCUGCUCACCUACUUCGUAUUUAAAUGAGUUAUAUUUUCCUUUAUCUUACAAAAUGAAGGCACAAUAUGCGACUUCUUAUUAGGGUGGAAACCUGGACCGGAAUUUUAAACAUCUAGCAGUUAAAUGCUUAAAACUCUAUAUUAUUUUUAAAAUUAUAAAUUAUUAUAUUUUAAUACACAAAAUUAACAAUAAUUCUAAAGUUUCAACAACUCAACAUAAAACGAAAAUUAAUUGAAAAUGAUAAACAACUUAACUAAAUAACUUAAUGACUUUUUAUUAAUUCUUUGGACACAUGCAGUUUUGUUCCAAAGCAAUGAUAUCGAUCGAUUAAUUCAGACACAAUUGUCAGAUUAUUUUUUCCUCUGUUUAAUUAUCGCCCGUUUUUUUUCUGUGGAAAACGGAGUUUCGAUCAGAUUCCGCUUUCGUCAGAAUAUAGGAUGUUUUUUUCUAACAAAAGCGGAAUCUUAGAUUUAGGCUGGCCGUUUUUUUUUGGACGAUAAAUCGCCAUUGGGUACAAUAAGAUUAAUCUCCUUUGUAGUUAGUUCUGUUGCCUUGGUACAGCAGUUCCAUCCAUAACAGAAGGGAUACUUGAAAAAAUUCUUGACCACCAUUUCAGCGCUAUAUACCGUGAUCACUCAGUGAUCCGUUAUCCGGCUUCACACUAAAACUUAUGUGAAAAAUUACUUCAUUUAUUGGCUGUUAUCUUGAUUUGAGAAAAAUGAUCUUUAAAUCUAAAGAAAUAUAACUAGAAAAAAAUCCACGCGGACCAGGCAGCAGACGGGACUCAAACCCUUCGCUAUCCGGGCAAAUGCAUUGACCAAUUCUGCUACCGCGCCUCAAAAUUCUUCUAGCCAUUCUUAAGCUGCAAGGCAGCGCCAUCUCUUCGCAUUGUAGACAACCCACAAUGUCAAAUGAAUACUUUUACAAGUAUUAAACAUUUGAAAGAAGAAACAGCAGUUAUAGUUAUAAUUUUUAUUUUUUAAGCAUGUAACUGCUUGAUGUUUAAAUCUAAAGAAAAAAAGAAAACACUGUCUAUUAUAUU